UCUCAGACCGGAAGUGACGUUUUCGCGCCGCAGUCAGAAGAGCGGCGCUUUCAUUGGUGUGCGGCUCGUGUUUACAGCGCCGGGAUUUCAGCCGCCUUCGUUCCGACCGCGCGCUGGGUGUGUGAGAGUCUGUUAGUGUGCGUGUCCGUUAGUGUGUGUUGUGUGUGUGAUGGAUCAGUCUGCAGCAGAUGAGCUCUAUGAGGCGUUCGCUGUACUGGCCGGAAGUGACCCUGAUCACUGCUCUUACCCAGAGGGUUAUGUGAAGCGGCAGGCAGUGUUCGCGUGUCACACGUGUGUGCAGGAGGGCAUGGAGCCGGCAGGUGUGUGUCUGGCGUGUGUGAACAGCUGUCAUGAUGGACACCGCAUCAGCGAACUCUACACCAAGAGUGUGUGUGUGUGUGUGUGUGUGUGCUGCAGGAGUUUCCGCUGUGACUGUGGUAAUGAGAAGUUCCCAGGCUUCAGCUGCAGGCUUCAUGCGAACAAAGAUGGGAGAAAUGUAAAGAACUCCUACAACCACAACUACUCCGGCCGCUACUGCUCCUGCGACCGGCCAUACCCUGACACUGACGACCAGGUGAAUGAUGAGAUGGUGCAGUGUGUGGUGUGUGAGGACUGGUUCCAUGAGAAGCACCUGCAGGCUCCACCCCUGCACUGUGAUUCGCUGAUGGAAAUGGUGUGUGUGGGCUGCAUGAAGCGAGUGCCGUUCCUCUGGACGUAUGCGGCUCAUUUCUCAGUGUCUGCUGUGAACAGAGCAGUGUCCUCCAGUGAAACACCUGCAGUGAGUGUGUGCUGUCAGCAGGAGGGAGCGUCUGCAGAUACAGGAGUGUGUGCUGCCUCUCCGCAGCGCUCCGGAUCUGGUGUGUGUGUGUUCACGGAGAUGAAGGACACAGAAACACACACUGAUCAGCACGGCUCCGUCUUCUGGCCCUACGACUGGAGGAGCAAACUCUGUACCUGCACCGACUGCAAGCGGAUGUAUGUGGCAUCAGGUGUUCAGUUCCUGCUGGACGAGUCGGACACACUGCUGGCGUAUGAAGACAGAGCCAAGACUGAAGCCCUGAGGAGUGGAGGAGGAGUACUGUCCUGUCUGAGCACGCUCACACACCAGCAGCAGCUCGACACGCUCUACAGGCUGAAUGAAAUGAGGCAGGAGCUGUGUGAGUUUCUCCAGCAGUGCUCAGAGCAGAGUCAGCAGCUCACUCCUGAGGUUCUGCAGGAGUUUCUGGAGGGUCUGCGGGACAGAAAGAGGAGACGGCUGGACUGAAGAUCAGCAGAACUGAACAUCUGGACUCUCUGCUGCUGUACUGCACACUGCUCCACUGCUGCACCGCUGCUGUUUCAGAUCACUGACUGAGGAGCGGUACACCCUCACACAGCGGCACUAGCCCCGCCCAUAGCCCCUCCCCCUGAGCGUCUGCAGCCACACACUACUGCAUCACUGCGGUCAAAGGGUCCGUUCACACAAAGAUGAGACCUGUCAUCAUUUACUCCCCCUGUACUCCAAUCACACCUGUGAGUGUCUGUCUUCUGUUGAACACUAAAGAAGAUGUUUUGAAGAAUGUUGCUUUAGUGUUCAACAGAAUAAAGAAAGUCAUAAAGGUUUGUAAACACUGGAGGGAGAGUGUGUGUGUGUGUGUGUGUGUGUGUGUGUGUGUGUGUGUGUGUGUGAAUGGACCCUUUAGUACAGCAGUUGUCCUCUGUGGGUCCAUGUGAUCGGUCACUCAUACUGGAGUGGUCCUGAUAAACUCUGCUGCUGUUGAUGUUUACUGCUCUGCUCUCAUUAUAAACACCAGUAAAUCCUCCACAACAUCUCUA